AUGCCAGCUAUUGGAGACAUGCUGGUGUUGGUCUUUGCCCUCUUGGGAUCAACCCAAUGUCAAAAUUUACCAAGCUUCGAUCUCCUGGAGGAGCUCCGUGUUCCAGAGUCAAGAGGGGUGAGGAGAGUGAAUGGGUCUGAACCCGAGGCGGUCGCCUACCGCGUCAACCCCUCCAUCCAUCUACAGAGGUCCAUGAGUGAUGUGUACCCAGAUGGCCUGCCCUCCGACUACUCCGUCAUCGCCACGUUCAAGGUGACCCAAGGCGCUGCCCGGACUUCCUGGAACCUGUGGCAGGUCAGUGACCCUGAGGGGCGCGAGCAGGUGGGCGUGCGUUUCCACGGGGAGGCACAUUCUUUGGAUUUCUUCUACACUGGUCCCCAUGGCACCCGGAUGCUGCGGACCUUCCACGGGCUCGAGAAGCUGUUUGACGGGGAGUGGCACAAGCUAGCGCUGAGUGUGAGGGGUGGCCAGGUGAAGCUGCUGGUGGACUGCACCGAGGUCAGCGCGGAGCCCAUUGACGAGCCGAGGCCCGUCAUCCGCCGGGGGUACACCACCAUCGUCAAGCGGGCCGCAAGAGACCGCUCAGUCGCUGUUGAUCUUCAGCAGAUGGAGGUGUCCUGUGAUCCAGAGCAGGCUUACUCAGAAGGCUGCUGCGAGCUUUCCAGCGUGUGUGGAGGGUACGCAGAAAUCGGCCUGACCGCUGGAAGGCCGACCUGCAAAUGUAUGCAUGGACAACCUGGAAUUCAGGGACCUUCAGGACCAAAGGGUCAUAGAGGUCUCCCAGGAAAUACAGGGGAACCAGGAAGACUGGGAAACUGGGGGAUUAUGGGAAACACAGGAGACUACGGCCACAUUGGUGAGCCCGGCCCCAAGGGGGAUCAAGGAAUGAAAGGGGAGAAAGGGAUGAGGGGGCUCCGGGGCCAAGUGGGGGACAGAGGAGUCAAGGGGCUGAAAGGAUUAAAAGGAGCAGGGGGCUUUAAGGGAGUUCGGGGCCCAUCUGGAGUGAUUGGAGAGACCGGAGAAAAAGGAGAAGUCGGUCCUCAAGGUGAAAAGGGACACGAAGGCAUCCUGGGGUACCAGGGAGUUAAGGGAGAAGAAGGGGCCCCUGGCAAAGAAGGGCCACGUGGCUCUCGGGGAAAGCAGGGUGUUGUGGGAGAUCCAGGGGAGAGGGGAACUCCAGGAGAAAAGGGGAAACCGGGCAUCCAAGGACCUAAGGGGAGAACUGGCACCAUUGGACCAAAGGGCAUUGUUGGAGAUCCUGGUUUUCGGGGCAGAGAUGGAGACCCAGGAAUAGAGGCUUAUCAAGGACCGCAAGGCCCCGAUGGCGGAAGUGGUCAGAGUGGAACGAAGGGAGAAAAAGGCGCCCUGGGGCCACCGGGAGAAAUGGGUCCUCAAGGUCGAGCUGGCCCAAGAGGUUACAAGGGUUCUGCAGCAAAGCCAGGAAGACCUGGAUUUAUUGGACCGCCUGGACCAACUGGACACGUGGGUGUACCCGGCAGACCAGGGCCCAAGGGAGACACAGGAACUCAAGGAGUCCGAGGAGUUGAAGGUGCAAAGGGACAAGAAGGGAAAAAGGGCCCGAAAGGCAAGGUGGGGGACAGGGGCAAGCAGGGUCCCCAGGGCGGACGGGGCAAGCGUGGCCCAGCUGGUGAGUCUGGACGCUCAGGCCCUGUUGGAGUCAAGGGAGUCCGAGGUGAAGGAGGGCCAGCUGGGUUUCGGGGGCCACCUGGCCCACCGGGCCCGGCCCUCCCUGCUCAACAUGUGAUCGAGGUCUGCAAGAGAGUGGUACUGGAACAGAUGUCCACUUUUGCCAACUCAGUGAAGAGGACGUGUGCUGCAGUGUGUCCUCUCUAUGGGGAUGUGCCCAUGGGUGCCUCCGGCCCACCGGGACAAAAAGGACCCCCUGGACCCCCCGGUGAUGUUGGCAUGGAUGGCGUGGAUGGAGAAGUGGGCCAGCAGGGGUUCUACGGAGAAGCUGGAGAGCCGGGCAGACAAGGAGAGAGAGGUGACAGAGGAGAAGCGGGUGAUAAAGGAGCUAAGGGCUACGGCCUGCCUGGCACCAUGGGAGACCAGGGACCUGCAGGUCAGCGCGGUCGUCCUGGCAGAGUCUUCAACGGCCAGCCAGGGAAGCCGGGGGAGAGGGGACACGUCGGCCGGCCGGGGCUGAGGGGUCACCCGGGUCUGAGAGGGGUCCCCGGCGUGUGCGUGACCUCCGGGUGCGAUCUGCCCAACGCCACGGCUGGAACGCCUCGACCCACAGCCCAGAGGCCGAGGAGACGCCCCUGA